UUGGAUAAUAAUGGGUCCUCCUCUGAAACUCUUCAAAAACCAGAAGUACCAAGACCUGAAGCAGGAAUGCAUGAAGGAUGGCCGGCUUUUCUGUGACCCUACCUUUCUACCAGAGAAUGAUUCUCUGUUUUUCAACCGGCUGCUUCCAGGAAAGGUUGUGUGGAAACGUCCUCAGGACAUUUCUGAUGACCCCCAUCUGAUUGUGGGCAACAUCAGCAACCACCAACUGAUCCAGGGAAGACUGGGGAACAAGGCAAUGAUCUCUGCAUUUUCCUGUUUGGCUGUUCAGGAGUCACACUGGACAAAGGCAAUUCCCAACCAUAAGGAUCAGGAGUGGGAUCCUCGAAAGCCAGAAAAAUAUGCUGGAAUCUUUCGCUUCCGUUUCUGGCAUUUUGGAGAAUGGACUGAGGUGGUGAUUGAUGACUUGCUUCCCACCAUCAAUGGAGAUCUGGUCUUCUCAUUCUCCACCUCCAUGAAUGAGUUUUGGAAUGCUCUACUGGAAAAAGCAUAUGCAAAGCUUCUGGGCUGUUAUGAGGCUUUGGAUGGUCUGACCAUCACUGAUAUCAUCAUGGACUUCACGGGCACAUUGGCUGAAAUCAUUGACAUGCAGAAAGGACGCUACACUGAUCUUGUUGAGGAGAAAUACAAGCUGUUUGGAGAGCUGUACAAAACGUUCACCAAAGGAGGUCUAAUUUGCUGCUCCAUUGAGUCUCCUAGCCAGGAGGAACAAGAAGUUGAAACAGACUGGGGUCUACUGAAGGGUUAUACUUACACCAUGACUGAUAUUCGCAAGCUCCGUCUUGGAGAAAGACUUGUGGAAGUCUUUAGUACUGAGAAGCUGUAUAUGGUUCGCCUAAGGAACCCAUUGGGAAGACAAGAAUGGAGUGGCCCCUGGAGUGAAAUUUCGGAAGAGUGGCAGCAACUGACUGUAACAGAUCGCAAGAACCUGGGGCUUGUUAUGUCUGAUGAUGGAGAAUUUUGGAUGAGUCUGGAAGAUUUUUGCCACAAUUUUCACAAACUGAAUGUCUGCCGCAAUGUGAAUAACCCUGUUUUUGGCCGCAAGGAGCUGGAAACAGUGGUGGGAUGUUGGACUGUGGAUGAUGACCCUCUGAUGAACCGAUCAGGAGGUUGCUAUAACAACCGAGAUACCUUCCUGCAGAAUCCUCAGUACAUCUUCACUGUGCCCGAGGAUGGCCAUAAGGUCAUCAUGUCACUGCAACAGAAGGACCUACGCACUUACCGCCGAAUGGGAAGACCUGACAAUUACAUCAUUGGUUUUGAGCUCUUCAAGGUGGAGAUGAACCGAAGGUUCCGUCUUCACCACCUGUAUAUUCAGGAACGUGCUGGGACUUCUACCUAUAUCGACACCCGUACUGUGUUUCUGAGCAAGUAUCUGAAGAAGGGCAACUAUGUGCUUGUUCCAACCAUGUUCCAGCAUGGCCGUACCAGUGAAUUUCUACUGAGGAUCUUCUCAGAAGUGCCUGUUCAGCUCAGGGAACUGACAUUGGACAUGCCCAAGAUGUCUUGCUGGAACCUGGCACGUGGCUACCCAAAGGUGGUUACCCAGAUCACUGUCCACAGCGCGGAGGGCCUGGAGAAGAAGUACGCCAAUGAAACUGUCAAUCCAUAUCUGAUCAUCAAAUGUGGAAAGGAAGAAGUCCGUUCCCCUGUCCAGAAGAAUACUGUGCAUGCCAUUUUUGACACACAGGCCAUUUUCUACAGAAGGACCACUGACAUUCCUAUUAUCAUCCAGGUCUGGAAUAGCAGAAAAUUCUGUGAUCAGUUCCUCGGGCAGGUUACUCUGGAUGCUGACCCCAGCGACUGCCGUGAUCUGAAAUCUCUGUACCUGCGUAAGAAGGGUGGUCCCACUGCCAAAGUCAAGCAAGGCCACAUCAGCUUCAAAGUUAUCUCUAGCGAUGACCUCACUGAGCUCUAAGUAUUCAUCAUCAGUGAAUCCUGACAGCUUCCCAUCUUUUUUUUUUUUUUUUUUUUUUUUUUUUUUUUUUUGUCAGGCAUUAGGUCCUAACUUGGAUUCACAGUUACUGAAAUUCCACAUUUAUUGUUUUCUCUUUUCUGAUAUUUCCCAUACCUCCUGAUCCAAGUAGCAUCAGUAGCUACAUAACCUAUAUACCUCCAGCAGCUGGACAGGGGAGGUGACAAUCCCAUCUGGAGAUCAUACACACGUUUACUGAGAAAAGAUCCUUAGGGCUUCUAGGGGUGAGAUUCAAAUGGGACAAUAACAAGAAUCUGGACAGCUUACAUGUGUCUUUGCUGUCUCCAUCUGCCCAACAAAUCUUCCCUGUAGGGCAUUUUGAUGAAGGAGGAGAGAGGUGAUCAAGGCCAAGCUGGUCUAGCCUGACAUCCCAGCUCCUAACUGACACUACAGAUUCAUCAGCAACAUUUCACCAGUAGCCAGAGCUGACUUUUAACAGUCCCAGCCCUUACCACCACCACCACCACAGUUACUACCACCACCACCUCUGGAAAGUGUGGUCCUGCCCUAACUCAAGUAACUCCCCCACAGUGUUUUACCUUCAUGUUGAGGAAGCUUCCUAGGUGCUUAAUCAAGAGCUGGAGUUCAAUGCGGCUGAGACAGUGAGAAGGGCUUGAACUUUAGCAAUUUGGAAGCCAGCUGUGUGCCAUAAGAGGGAGAAGUUGAAGAAGCUGCAGUGGGAGACAAAGCCUCGGUCCCCCACCCAUCCACACACACCUACACUCACACACGCGCAUGUAAGCGCGCACGAACUACCAUCCAGUCAGUGGGCAAGAAUAAGGACUAGUGAAGUAUCAUGCACACCAAAAGAUGGAUGAAUCUAUCCAGUAAUAGGACAGCCAGUUUGGGGUCCCUGACUACAAUGUGAAACCUCUUGCUGCUGCUAGAUUUACAAACAAGCCCAUUGCCCUGUGCUUCCUAACAUCAUUGGUACUGAAAACUCUAUAUGGGAACUUGAGAGGUCUGGCUUUCACCUGGACCAAUCAAGCUUUUCCCUCUGUUGGGAAGCUCCACUCCCCAGGGUUUGUUUUUCAGUAUGUCUACAAAAUUUCCUUGUGAAUCAGUCAUUGUAUGUUCUUCCCUUCAACCUCAUCUAUCAGUAUUCUGCCCCUAUUCAAGGCCCAGCAUAAAUUCCACCUCCUCCAUGAAGUUCUUUCACAUCUUACCCAAGCCCCACCUCCAACAAUAUUUCAGUGCUUCUGCAAUGAUAAAAAAAACAUAGUUGUAGUACUUAGUCUAGUUCAGCAUGCAUUCAUUUAAAAAUACAUUUUGUAGCUCUCUCUCUUUUUUAACUUACUCAUUUUCUAUCACAUUUUUGCAGUCUUUGUAACUUUUACAGUGCCUUUGCCACACUGCCUUACAAACCAAAUCACAAUAAAGUUCAUA